AUGCGCAUAGGAGGUUUGCCCAAAGCGCACAGUUACCUCAACAGCGGAGCAGACAACAUGGGAACCAACGGACUAGACGAUCAGGGCCAGCCGUCUGAGGAUCUUCAAGCGCAGGACCAGGAUGCGUCCCAUACUCCUGAUAAGACGGAGGCAGCAGCAGUGAGCGAAGGCAAAAUGAGCCACGAUGACAGCUCCUCGCAGCUCAUAGAGGCCGGCUGCAAACCUCCCAUCUCCCCCACGCCUGCAGACUCUGAGCCCGGACCCCAGGUGCAGGGGAAGGGGCCCGGGGCAGGCUUCGUCCCACCUGAAGGAGGCUACGGCUGGCUGGUGGUCUUUGCAGCCACAUGGUGCAACGGGUCCAUUUUUGGGAUUCAAAACUCCUUUGGCAUCCUUCACUUGAUGUUAGUGAAGGAACAUGCGGAUACAGAGGACAAGACUUCCCACUUCAAAGUUGCGUGGGUUGGAGCCUUGGCCAUGGGGAUGAUCUUCCUGUGUUCACCAGUGGUCAGUAUGUUUACAGACUCGUUUGGCUGCAGGAAGACGGCGGUCAGUGGUGCUUUGCUGGCGUUCAUAGGGCUACUAAGUACAUCAUUUGCAAACUCACUGAUUCUUCGUUAUUUUACCUAUGGCAUACUGUUUGGAUGCGGUUCCUCCUUUGCGUUCCAGCCAUCUCUGGUCAUCCUGGGUCACUACUUCCGCCAGCGAUUAGGACUGGUCAAUGGAGUGGUAACUGCUGGUGCCAGCCUCUUUUCCAUGGGCCUCCCAGUGUUACUGGACAAGGCUUUGCUUGCAUUGACCUUCAAGCCUUUGCUGCCUGCUGGAGGAUCCAUGGGGCCCCCUGGCAUGUGUCCAGAGCAGACACUGCCUGGGACUAAUGCACAGGAUACAAGCAGGUGGAGCAAAACUGUCAACAGAGUCAGAAAGUACUUCAAUCUGCGGGUCUUUCACAUCAUCACAUACAGAGUGUGGGCAUUUGGAGUGGCCACUGCUGUUCUGGGAUACUUUGUACCUUAUGUCCAUCUGAUGAAUUUUGUGAAGGAGCAGUUUAAAGGCACUAAUAAGGAAUGGGUUCUUCUGGUGUGCAUCGGAGCUUCGUCGGGAGUGGGUCGCCUGGUGUUUGGAAAGAUCGGAGACCACAUACCGGGUCUAAAGAAAAUAUACAUGCAGGUGGUGUCCUUCAUCGUGCUGGGCCUGAUGUCCAUACUCAUUCCCCAGUGCUUUGUGUUUGAAGCGCUCAUCGCGGUGUGUGUGUUUUUGGGACUGUGUGAUGGAUGUUUUCUCACUAUGAUGGCUCCUAUUGCCUUUGAGCUGGUGGGACCUAUGCAGGCUUCACAGGCUAUAGGCUACAUCCUCGGACUCAUGGCUCUUCCUAUGACUGCAGGCCCACCGAUAGCUGGCCUGUUGCGAGAUUAUUUUGGAAACUACACAGUGGCCUUUUCCCUGGCUGGCAUCCCUCCCAUGGUUGGUGGUGUGGUGCUCUUCUUCGUGCCUUUGGUCCAGAGCAGAAGGCCAAGAGCUGCUCCAAUGGAGACAUGCUGCCUGGGUACACGGAUGUGGAGACGCACAUCUGACUGGGAGUACACAAAGGGAUUCAGUCACCAGCAUUGUUCAUCCUCUCCACCGGAGACAUGUUUUGUAUUCUACUUUACACUGUCCAACAACAUCUCUCCCUAA